AUGAGCAAGUACACCAAGCAGAGUGUUAUCUACUCGGGUCCCAUCAGCGACAUCUACCGUGGAGUUGAUUCAAAUGGGAAUGGCGUAGCGCUCAAGGUGGUAGACUUGGACUUUGUUCGAAAGCCCCACAAUUUCCGCCAGGAGGUCUCUCUACUCAAAAAGUUGCAACAUAAGGGCAUUGCUCAUUACAUCGAUACCUACUCGAUGGGAGAAGACCAAGUAUUGGUGAUGACGCAUUAUGCAGUCGAUUUGGUGGGAGUGAUGGCCCAUUUCAUGAAGAAAAGGGUCAAAUUCAACCUCUCUGACCCACUAGCUAAUGUUAUUGUCACCAAAAAUGAGAUUCCCUUGGAGCCUCUCAUUCCAAUGGUGAACACUUUGGUUGAUGCGCUCAAGUACAUUCACAGUCAACAGAUUAUCCAUCGAGAUAUCAAGCCAGCCAACAUCAUGUUCAAGUCGCUCGAGAAUUUAACAGAGCCGGUAAUUGGCGAUUUUGGCAUCUCUUACGACCAAGCACAUCCUCCUUUGGAUGAGCCUCUUGAUGACAAAAUCACCGACAUCAGCACGGGCUACUACAAGGCGCCAGAACUCUGCUUUGGUGUAACCGACUACGGCAGGGAGGUAGACCUUUGGUCAUUGGGGAUCGUGUUGUCAUACUUGUACUCUGCCAACGGCAAGCCAUGUAAUUAUGUUGAGCCCAAAACAGGGGAACGAGAAAUGCAGCCUGAACUCAAUGAUUUUGUACUCAUCCAAGGUAUCUUCGAAGCUUUUGGCACACCCACAGUGACGCAGCCGAAUAAUGAGUUGUACUGGGCCAAAUUGGGCGAUGCUAAGUAUCAUUUUGUCAAGUUUCAGUAUACUGAGCAUGCAAGACGGACGAGAGCACAACUUUUGCCACGAUGUGUGGAUGAAGGGAUGUUUGAGUUAUUUGAGAAGUUGACAAGGUAUAACGGAAGGGAAUUAUGA